AUGGAGAGCCAAGAGCUCUCAGGUUCCUCCCCGCUGACCGAAGUGACAGAUGGGCAGGAGACGACAGAUGUAUCCGCCAGCCCCGAAGUCUUACACAGGCCCCUUGUGCUCAAGCUCCUCAACGUGCACGAGCCGAGGGAGUCUGAGGAGGAAUUCGAGAAACCCGAGGAGGCCGGUGAGCAAGACCGGAGAGACAAGCGCAAGGGGCGUGAUGGGUCCGUCAAGCCCCGCAAGUCCAGCGGACCCUACGAGCCCCACGAGCCCCACCGACACUACGAGCCUCACGGACACUACGAGCCCUACGAGCCUCACCGACCCGAGCCCAGCGACCCCUACGAGCCUCACGAGCCCCGGGCGCCCCAGGACCCCCAGGACCCCUAUGCACCCUACGAGCCCCAUGAGCCUCGCGCACGCCCCAAGCCCCGCAAGUCCCGCGAGGCCGACGAAGCCCAGUUGCCUCCCGGGGCCGCAGGGAUGAUCUGCCCGUCUCUGAUCGCCAGAGCCCCGCCACGGCGUCAGCGGUCUCCCCGGCGCGCCCACCAUGGCCUAGACGUCCCGCUCGGCCGCCGCUGCGAGCGCCACCUGGCGGGCGACCUCAGCCCCGGCGUGAUGCUGGCGGCCGCUGGGCAGCAGAUCCGUGCCCGGCCCGUGGACCUGCACAGCUCCUUUCCCACCGGAAACACGGAUCAGAAACUCAGCAACUGCAAAGUCGAUCGCUCGCUGCGCGUCUGUGUCGCAGAGACUGAGAGACGGGUGUUCGCGCGGCGCCGGCAGCACGCAAAACUGUUUUGGGGAAAUCAGGAUCCUAUUCGCCCUGUUUCCCAGGGUGCUUUGAAGGCCCAGCUGACCCAAAGACUCGAGGAUCUUGCCCAACACAAGAAAGUCUCCUGCCUCUACGUACCUAACAGGUUGGUGUGCAUGUGUUACCAGGUUACUUUAUCAGGAGUCCUGAGGGAAAAUGAACACAGGACCCAAAUCCUACAGAAGCCAUUAACUUUUCAACAGCAGUGCAUUCUAUUAAGGCCCUUCAGUGAUUACUUAGCAAGAGCAUCUCUUCAAAUAGCUGAUCCUUCUCCCCGGAUAUUACGGCUCUCGAUAGCCAAAAGCACAGAUCCAAACUAUCUUCCUCCAAAAAACAUUGAAACCAAGAUUUCAAUUUCUACCCUGACUGCUGUUGCAACUCCAAGAAUUGUAGACCUUGCCCACCCAAGGAGGAAGAUAGAGGGUCUGUGCUAUGAAAGACAAAAAAGUGAAAUGCCCAUCCGUCCUGUAGCCCCUGCUGCCCUGCAAGCCACUGCUGGCCCCCGAACAGUAGCUCUAGCUGAGGCCAAGCCUCUUCAUCAAGAUUACCUCCCUGGCCGCGAUGCCUACUGGCCAGUGUCUCAUGCUGCUACCCAUUCCAAAGUGUCGCCCAGAAUUGAGGAACUAGCUAAUCCCAGUGCAAGGUCUCCUGGGCAUAUUGUAUACUACGAUCCAGAGGUCUUUAACGUCAAGCCGGCUGCUUUGAAAGCACGAUGUUCUCAGAGGGUCCGGGAGCUGUCAGAACCUCUUAUACGUUAA